GAUUUUUGUACUGCACUUGCUGAUCGUUACUACAAACAGCAUAUUUUAAAACAAGCAAUAGUAGAAUGGAAACAGUUUAUGGAGUGUACAUGGAAACAGAGGAAUUUUCGACGAUUGACGCUAGAAGCCCAAUCUGAAUGUAUCAAAAUUACGAAAGAGUUUAAUCAAAAAAUCCUUCAGUUGGAGACUGAAUUAAAAGUUAGUCAAAGUGAAUUAGAAUCAGUGAAAGCAAAACAAGCCAGUGAACAAGCUGCUUUAAAAACAGCUUUAAUGCGUGGUGUAUGCGCGUUGAAUAUGGAAACGAUGGCUGUCUUCAAUGAAACUUUACCUAAUUUGAAUAGAGGGAAUGAAGAUAAGAAGCCAACUUUUAAGAUGACAAAUUUAAAAGAAGAACAGAAUUCAACAGAUGAUCCUCUACUUUUACCCCAAUUCACAUCAAAGAAGUUAGAUAAUAAUUUUCAACGGGAUAAAACUAUGUAUAAUCAAUCAUCAGAGAAUAUGAUUUUGAACUUACAAACUGAUCAUACUGUACAAUCCACUCAUCAAAGUAGUGAGUAUACACAAAUUUUAGCCUUAAUGCUACAGCAUACACAUGGAUAUUAUACUGGAUUUCAUGAAGAGAGUAGAUUGAAUCCUGUUGAAUCAUGGCCAAGAGAUAAGUUAAACAAUUUUGAAUCGUCUUAUUGUAAUGGAGGUAGAAAAGAUAAAUAUGGUAUACCGUUGAAUCAUUCAACUGAAAUAUGUGAACGUUGGUUAGGCCAUCAAGUAAGUGAUAAUUUAGUUAGUCUUCCAUGCUAUGAUCUAUUGAUGAGUUAA